GUGAUUAGAAAGCACCGCUUGCUCUUUCCGGUGUGAUGACCUCAAGUCUGACCCAAAAUGCACUCCCGUUUACCCUUGUGGUCUCGUGCCUAGUGCCCUAUAGGUCUGCACUUCCUGACGUCAUUAAGUGUGGACUCGGAGGUCCACAAGACCGGAGUGCGCCAUUUGGGCCAGGGCCAUAUGUGGAGUUCUCGAUAACUACGAGAAUCGCGUUUCGUAAAGCGAAUGUCCCAAACGCCACUCUGUACGUCGUGUUCUGCACAGAGCUAGAAAGCGCGAGCUGAACGCAGGGUAACACGAGCACGUGUAGCGCAUUUCUUGAACUUACGCCGACGAGCGAGCACAGAGGAGUUUGUUUGAUAUAUAACCUGAGUGUGUUUCGCAAAGCGCAAUGAUGUCUGAAACGCGCAAGAGAAGUAGGAAGCACUACGGCGGGCACGCGCCGAAGAAACUGAGGCGCACUCGCGAGCUGGAGGUGGGCGCUGAAGGCGUGCUCAUCACCUGUAACAUGAACGAGCGCAAGUGCACGAGGGAAGCCUUCAAUCUGCUGAACGAGUACGCGGACGCGCUCUACGGCCCCGAGCAGUCAGGUGAGGCGCAGGACAGUCGCAGUGAAGAGGAUGAUGAAGACGCGGAAGCGGCUCUGAAGAAGGAGGUGUCUCAAAUCCAGACGUCCAUGAAGAGCAGACAGCAGAGAUUCACAGCGCUGGAGAGCGGAGCGAGUAAUGUUGUGUUCAUACGAUCUCACGGAGUCGAUCCAGAGAAGCUGGUUCAUCACAUUCUCUCAGACCUCCAUCAGACCAAGAAGAAGAAGACUCGCGUGGUCCUGCGCAUGCUGCCGGUGAGCGGCACGUGUCGGGCCUUUCCAGAGGACAUGGAGAAAUAUCUGAGCGUGUUUCUGGAGCGCUGGUUCAAAGCGCCGCUGCGAGCCACGUACCAGAUCUGCUUCAAAGCCCGAAACAGCAGUCACAACAAGAGAGAUGAUGUCAUCCAAGACGUCGCAGCUCUGGUGGCUAAAAUGAAUCCGGAGAAUAAAGUGGAUCUGACCAAUCCUGAGCUGAGUAUCAUCAUCGAGAUCAUCAAGGCCGUGUGCUGCGUCAGCGUCGUCAGGGACUACACGCUCUUCCGCAAAUAUAACCUACAGGAAGUCAGCAAAGACCCGGCCAAUCAGAUCCCAGACAAACAGGAAGCAGCCAAUCAAACGCAAGAGCACGGCAACGGCACCCCCACUGAUGGAAAGGCUGCUGGUGGUGACGGACAGGAGGAGGCGGAGCCUGAGUGCAUGCGUUCAUGUGUGACAUAGACUGAUGUACAGCGUGUGGAGACUUUUAAAAGCCUUUUUUAUGUGUUUGCUUUCAACGUUUUCUCAUGUGUGCGACUCAAAUAAAGACAUCGCAUGAAAUCUUUUGUGUUAUUUGUA